GGGGAGGGUCUACGAGAGAGAGAGAGAGAGAGAGAGAGAGAGAGAGCCAUAUAUCUGUGUGUACUACUUCAGGGCAAGAAAAAAGAAGGAGGAAAACAGAAGUAGCCGCCAUAUGCUGUGUACUUUUUGUGAAUGUCUUGCUGAAGUGGAUUAUUCGGAGGAGGAAAGGAUUCAUAGAUGGGAAGCUCUCAUUUGCUGAACAAAGGCUUGCCUUUAGGCAUUCGACCCCCCAUUAUGAACGGGCCCAUGCACCCACGCCCCUUGGUGGCUCUGCUGGAUGGGCGUGACUGCACAGUGGAGAUGCCCAUCCUGAAGGAUGUGGCAACGGUGGCAUUCUGUGAUGCACAGUCCACCCAGGAGAUUCAUGAGAAGGUGCUGAAUGAGGCAGUGGGGGCACUCAUGUAUCACACCAUUACGUUAACUCGGGAGGACCUGGAGAAGUUCAAAGCACUCCGAAUAAUUGUCCGGAUUGGCAGUGGGUUCGACAACAUUGACAUCAAGUCUGCAGGAGACUUAGGCAUCGCAGUGUGUAACAUGCCAGCAGCAUCAGUAGAAGAAACAGCAGACUCGACCCUGUGCCAUAUUCUGAACCUGUACAGAAGGACCACCUGGCUACACCAGGCUCUGCGGGAGGGCACGCGAGUGCAGAGCGUGGAACAGAUCAGAGAGGUUGCAUCAGGUGCUGCCAGAAUACGCGGAGAAACACUGGGCAUCAUUGGACUGGGACGUGUGGGCCAGGCAGUGGCAUUGAGAGCCAAAGCCUUUGGGUUCAGUGUGAUUUUCUAUGAUCCAUACCUGUCAGAUGGCAUGGAGCGAGCACUGGGGCUACAGCGUGUCACCACCUUGCAGGACCUCCUCUUCCAUAGUGACUGCGUCACCCUACACUGCAGCCUGAAUGAGCACAACCACCACCUCAUCAAUGACUUCACCAUCAAGCAGAUGCGGCAAGGUGCAUUCCUGGUGAACUCAGCUCGAGGAGGGCUGGUGGAUGAGAAGGCUCUUGCCCAAGCUCUGAAGGAGGGGAGGAUACGAGGGGCAGCACUGGAUGUUCAUGAGUCAGAGCCAUUCAGUUUCAGCCAGGGUCCACUGAAAGAUGCACCAAACCUCAUCUGCACACCCCAUGCCGCCUGGUACAGUGAGCAGGCCUCCAUAGAGAUGAGAGAGGAGGCAGCCAGGGAGAUCCGCCGGGCCAUCACAGGACGCAUCCCUGACAGCCUGAAGAACUGUGUGAAUAAAGACUAUCUGACACAGGCCACGCACUGGGCAGGCAUGGACCCUGCAGCUAUUCACUCUGAGCUCAACGGAGCUUACAGGUACCCCCCUGGUGUGGUAAGCCUGGCCUCCGGAGGCCUCCCGCCAGCUGUGGAAGGAAUUGUCCCCAGCACAAUGCCCAUUUCCCAUGGCCUGCCCACCGUCACCCACCCACCCCAUGCCCCCUCCCCUGGCCAGAUUGGCAAACCGGAGACUGACAGAGAGCAACACCCCAGCGACCAGUUAUAGCCAUCCCACCUCUAUCCAAUCACGAACACUGACGCUGGCUCCUCCCCCGAACAAGAGGCGAGAAACACCGGUCAAAACUGUUCUUAUGCAAUAGAACAAUGUUAUGGAUUUGAUAAGAAUUAAAAGAAGAGAAAUCCUUAAGUAUAAAUUGUUUGUCCCUGUACAGUGGGAUAAUUUUAACUAUGUCUGUGUCCUAUGGGUUCCAUGUUAAGCAAGAGUAGUUAAUUAUAUCAUGGAUGUAACCUGUCUGUGUACAUUUUUUUAGAACAUUAAAUGGAUUUGUUUAACAUUGAAAAAAUGAAUAAAUCGAUGUAAAUUCAAGGGAUGCAUUCAGCUGACUAAUUUCAGAGUCAACAACAUAACUUUAUUUGUUUUUAUAUGCUCCCACUGGUCCCAAAUGUCGCAGUUUUUGCAAAUGUUCUCAGGAAAUUACAUUUUGUUUCCCCCUUUUUCCUUCCUAUACCACAUAGUGCUUUGUUUUUGUACCUGCCUGUCUUUUUUUGAGAGAAAUUCAGUAAAGAAUUUCAAAAAAACAUUUUUAUUUUAAAGGGUAUGGAUUCCCUCCAUUUCAAAUACUCAGUAAAACCUAUUUAGACAUCUUAGGAGAAACGUAAGAAAAUGUGGCAAUAUGUUGUAUCACCUGUUUCUGUGUAAAUCCAUUGGUGAUAAUGCGUCUGAUGGGCUGCCCCAGACAGUUCAACAAGUAGCAGUUUCUUUGCCUACAUUGCUUCCUUUCUGGUCAAGUGGUAGGCUAGCGCUAUAUAUAUAUAUUUAUAUAUAUAUAUGGGGAGUUAAACAUAAGAUUAAAAUGUUUGUGAUUGUAUCCAUGUAUGAAUUAUUUUAAAAAGGAAUAAAAUCAGUUCAAAACCUC